CACUUGGCGGUCUGCUGGCCAACACACCGCCAACUCGGCUGCUCAAAAUGAUUUUCGAGAAAAAUUCACCUGUUGUUUUUUAAAUUUAUUGUGCUAGUCGAAAUUCAAAAAUGGUGCUUUUGAAAAUACUUCGAAAGUUGAAGCAAAAAGAGAAGGAGGUCCGUGUCUUAAUGCUAGGUUUGGAUAACGCAGGAAAAACUACAAUUUGGAAAAAGUUCAACGGUGAAGACAUCAAUACAAUUUCUCCCACGUUAGGAUUUAACAUCAAGACUUUGGAGCACAACGGUUUUCAGCUAAACAUUUGGGACGUUGGGGGACAGAAGAGUUUGAGGUCAUACUGGCGAAAUUACUUUGAGAGCACAGACGGACUCGUGUGGGUGGUCGACAGCGCUGAUAAAAUUCGACUAGAAGAUUGUAAAGCUGAACUGCAUAGUUUAUUGAAGGAAGAGAGAUUAUCUGGAGCGACUUUACUUGUUUUUGCAAACAAGUGUGACCUCCCAGGCGCUCUGAGUGCUGAGGAGAUAAGAGAUGCACUUUCUCUGACUGAAAUUCAAACCCAUCACUGGCAAAUUGUUUGGUGUAGUGCUGUGACCGGCUCUAAUUUGUUGGAAGGAGUCAAUUGGAUGCUGAAUGACAUUGCUGCCAGAAUUUUCACGUUGGAUUGAUGGAUAUUUAACAGUGAUUUGUUCGCUAUGAAUUAUACUAGUUUUGAUAAUCACACUAAUCAAGUAAGGCCUUAACUUGUUAUGGCAUGAUUGAUUGCUCUUUUAGUAUUUGCCGAUUAUUUUUUACAAAUUUAUAUUAAUGAUGUCGAAGAGAUACCAGUAAAGUGAGUAAAAGUUACCAAUUGAUUAUUAUUUUUACUAAAAAAA